CGGUGCCUCAUACAUAAAACAUUAGGCGAUGAGGCAAAUCCUUUGCCAGUAUGUAUUCAGUUCGUUUCUGAAAUCCACGAUGAGAAGUCACACGUACAUUGAUUCCUUGGGCUCGGCCAGGAUAAUGGCCCAGAUCCUGGAUGGGAAGGCCCUGGCCAAAGAUGUGAAGGAUGAGUUGAAAACAAAAAUCGAAAACUGGGUGAAUCUUGGCCACCGGGCACCAAGUCUGCGCUGCAUAAUAGUUGGAGACGACCCGGCCAGCCACACCUACGUCCGAAACAAAGUAGCAGCGGCAAAGUAUGUUGGCAUUGACGCUGCAACUAUCAAGUAUGAAGAAACUAUGUCUGAAGCAGCGUUGAUUGAAGCGAUUCAAGCGCUAAACGCUGAUGAAGCCAUAGAUGGUAUAUUGGUCCAACUACCUGUGCCUCAGUCUAUGGAUGAAAGGAAGGUUUGCAAUACCGUGGCUCCGGAGAAGGAUGUUGACGGCUUCCAUAUCAUCAACGUUGGACAACUGAGCUUGGAUAUGCCGACUAUUGUGCCCGCUACUGCCCUUGCUGUUAUUGAGAUGCUCAAAAGAUUCAAAAUUGAGACAUUCGGCCGCAACGCUGUCGUCGUUGGUCGGUCAAAGAAUGUUGGGAUGCCGAUUGCCAUGAUGCUGCAUUCUGACAAGAAGCACGACAGUGGCCUGGGAAUGGAUGCUACCGUCACGAUAUGUCACCGCUACACACCGAAGGAAAAACUGGACUUCUAUUGCCUUAAUGCUGACAUCAUUGUCACAGCUACAGGUAUUCCCAGUCUUAUCAAAGCAGAUAUGGUGAAGCCAGGUGCCACGGUGAUCGACGUUGGCAUCACAAGAGUGACAGACGAGGUCGGAAACACCAAGCUUGUUGGUGAUGUUGACUAUGAAGAAGUGAAAAAAGUCGCCGGUGCAGUCACACCAGUGCCCGGUGGUGUUGGCCCGAUGACAGUUGCAAUGCUCAUGCAAAACACAUUCCAAGCCGCCCAAAACCUUCGCAACAAAACUCUGCUGCAGUAAGUCAGUUUCUACCUACGUGCCAUAUCUGCAAUUAUCUGAUCUAUGGUCGUUUAGUAUUGAAUCUUAUUUUAAGUGCAAUAGAAACUAUUAUUAAAUGUUAGUAUGCAUUUAUAUUUUGUUAUUGGUGUACAGUCAAGUUCAUGUCGUAUGGUUUUUGUUUACUUUAAUUGGUUAAAAGUCUGUAAAAAAAUUUGACGAUAUUUUAUACAAUAUUGAUUUUGAAUAUGACUGUAUGCCAUUGUUGUUAUUUGUGACUUGAUUAUUUAUAAUCUCCUACUGCUCGGUAAGAGUGUAGUGCUAAAUUUAAGUUAGGGUGGAUUCAACCAAACAAGAUUAAAUAUUAAUCUCAGAAUAAAUCGUCAAAGUCAUUCGACAUUUAGACAUAUUUCUCAUACUGAAACUGGCAAUGUGAUAGUUAUACCAGGAGUUAUUCUCGGAUAAAAGUUUGGUCGAAUCGGGCCUUAAUUGUUUAUAGUCAAAUCUUCCUUAAUAUUGAACUUGAAAAAAAGCAAGAUCCAUGAAAACACAGAACUCGAUUAAUGUGAAUUGUUACGCGAUUUCCUAGUGUACUUGGAUACAAAAGGUUAUCAUUGUUACGCCACAAUAUAAUUCCGCCGUACUUUGGCAAUCCGGGUUACGUAUUUACAUAUAUUUUGACAACUAUAAUCUAAUCUUGUAACGGAAAUAGUUUUUAGAAAAACAAACAUUGAUUUAAAUUCGCAUUAAAUGAGUUAGAAUAGAAAAAUCUUUCGUAAUUGAUGAUUGAUCUUAGUUAAACGUGACUAUAACAUCCUUAAUAGUUGUCAGUUAUUUUAUAUGGAGAUCUGAAGCAUUAGACUUGGCAAUUCACACACAAAAUUGCAUAUAUUUGAUACGAUUUUUAUACUCCAAUCGUGUGCAAAUUGAAUUUCCAAUGCUUAACCUCAGUCUAACGAAGUACCUACAUCUGUACAUACACGUGAUAGUCCUUUAUUACACAUUAUUUCACUUGAUAAUGCAGUUGUGUGUAAUAUUUUUUUUAAUUCAAGUAAGAUUAUUAUCAAUUUGAUCAGACCUUUCAAGAAAUGACCAUUAUUUUAUAUGGAGAUUUGAGUAUCUUAAUAUUUAGGAGGUUAUCACACUGCGCCGCGCUCUGCCGCGGAGCGCGGGGCGACAGAUUUAAUCAUUGUAUAGAAAUCAAGUACCUCAGUUUGUAUAGAAAACACGCGCGGCACUUCACACUGACA